AUGCAGGUGCAACGGACGCAGAACGCUGCCGCAUCGGGUGCGCACCCGAACUCGAUGCUGUCGACCUUGCAGCCCGCUGCGCAUCGCGACCGCUUCUUGCACCUUCAGACCUCGGCCAGAUAUGCAGGCCCAUCCGACCCAACCGCUCGACUCAACAGCAUAUUAGCGCUAUUAGAAGCUUAUAGGAAUGCAGCAACCCUAAGCUCGCUACUACCGCACGAUUGGGAUGUCUUUCUCGCCCUCGAGAUUCGCUUGGCAGUAGCAACCAGACCUCUCACGUCCGACUCGCUUCACGCCCUUUUGGAGCUGCACAAGAACGCGACACUUCAGCUUCCUUCAAUUGAUCUGACCAAAAGAUACCUCGGCCUGCUGCUCACCUACUUUUCGCAGCUCAGUGGGAUCGAGAUCGCUUUCUCGCCCAGCCCCUCUUCGAAUGCAUCGACUAGCUCAUCUGAUCCGGUCCUGAAAUGGACAAGCCUCGAUGCAUGCCCGACCAUCGAUGCGGACCAGCGCAUUUACCGCCCAUCGUCGCUCCCACCCAUUGUGCGUGAUGAAAGCGAACAGGCCGCUUUGCAGUCUGUUUGUGGUCUCGAAGCAACAAGAUGGUGCAUACGAGAGGCGUACUCACGAUGCGCCUACCAGCUGCAAGAGAGCCAAGAGGUCUGGAGGCUCUACCUUACUUUCGAGGAGGCAAUCCUCGCUUCCGCCAACACUUCGCAUGACGAACAACUCGACAUGGUACGGCAGGUCUAUCUUGCGCGGCUCAAGGUUCCUCAUGCUUCGAUCGACGACUCCUUCCAGUCCUUUUCAAGCUUUGUCACACGUCACUUGCCGCCGCAGCAGUACGAGAGCGAGAUGUCGGCUGCCAACGUGCUCGUCGCUGAUUCCAAAGCCAUCCUCCGUCAGCGGGAACAGCACGAGGAUACGCUAACCUCAGUCCUUCGCACGGGCCGCCUUCAUGCAGCAGGAUCGAGACAGGAUCUGGACACAUUUGCGGCGUACUGCAAACCGUAUUUGCGCUGGCAGACGAAUCGGGCCACACGAACCAUGCGGUCCAAAGACAGAGCAGCUGCUCAAACGGAGCUCGAUCUCACUUGCGCACUGUUCGAACGACUGAUCGCGCACUUUGGUCUGCAUCCUCCGUCGACGCACAAGCACGAGCUCGUCUAUUACUCGGACGACGUAGAAGGCUCUCAGCACUACGCUCGCGAGUUCAAGCGGCUCAGUCAGGCAGAGCGCGAGGCACGCCUGCAGCAGGAACAGCAGCUCUUCUCGGAGAGACUGGCCCUCGCCACCGAUCUCUGGCUCGAUUACAUUUCGGUGCUGACCUCGUCCAGUCGGCCCGACGCUUCCCUCAUCAUGGACGUAUGCACACGCGCGACGCAAGCUCUGCCCACAGCAAUCAGCCUGCACUGUGUGCUGAUGCGUAGCUGGGCACGCUUCCGGCGCUCGCGUCCGCAGAUCGAGCAGCUCUUCGAGAAGAUCGUCACUCCCGGCGCACUCGAACUCAAAGCCGCCGAGCUCACCGACCUCUGUCUGGCCCGCAUCGACUGCGAGCGCGAGCUGGCGAGUUUCGAUCUGGUCGUCCAAGCAGGCACCGAGGUCGAUGUGGAUCCAGCGCAGGACAUGGACAAGUUCACCGAGAUCUACGCGCUGCUCAGCUAUUCGCUCAGCAAACUGGCUGAGUUGGGUGACGAGCGCGAUCCGAGUUUGCGGCUGGAAAAGGCGACGGUCAACUGGGUGGAGCGCGCCGUAUCUGCCAUGGGCGGUCCAGCGUCCGAGGGUGGAGCAGGGCUCAAUGAGCUAGCCGAGUCGGUGUGGCAGACGGCUGUUACGCAGCAGCCGGAUAAUGCGCUGGUGUAUCGAGAGGCUGCAGCGUACUGGACGCGUCGCUUCGAUGCGAGGAAGGCUCGAGGAUGGUUCAAGGGCGGCGUGUCGAAGUUGGAGCGCAGACAGUCGCAAGAGGCUAGCCAGGAGUUUCAGACGCUCAUGCAGGAGUGGGUUCAGUUUGAACAUCAACAUGGCUCGAUCGAGGAUGUGGAGUAUGCCGAGGGAAAGGCAAGAACCGAACGACAAAGGGCGUUAGAGGCUUGGUACGCGCAGUACGCGCAGUAUGGGUACGCAGCCGAGUCACAGACGCAGACGCAGACGCAGCCCGCUGUUCACACGAAUGGCAAAGAUACCUCUGCGAUGCAGGUCGAAGUGCCAUCGAGCCGCGUCGAGCACUCGAAUCCCGCUGCAGGCAAGAGAAAAGCGGACGACGACGAAGUGGAGGCGGCCGACACAUCGAUCCCGGACGCACAGAUGUCGAUCCGGGCCGAAGAGGAGGCAGCGGGCGAGCAACCCAAAAAGACGCGUACAACCGAUGCAGAAGCCGCGCCUUCGCGCGAUCGCGAGCACUGCUCCGUGCUCGUCGCAGGUCUCGACCCAUCCACCGAUGCCGCAGCCAUCCGACACCUCCUUCGAGGCUGCGGACGGAUCGUCGAGCUCUCUGGCCCCACGGUGCUCACCUCCACCACCGGCCAGGCACCCUCCGCCGCAGCCCUGGUCGAGUUCUCCGACCCGACCGGUGCAGCCUCAGCCCUUACACGCCACGGCAAAACCCUCUCGGACACCACUGUCUCGAUCUACAUCGGCUGGAAGUGUACGCUGUUCGUGACCAACUUCCCGGAGGACUGGGACGAUGCGCACGUGCGAUCGGCGUUCUCUCCGUACGGUCUGGUCUUUACCGUGCGCUGGCCGAGCAAGCGCUUCGCAUCGACACGUCGGUUCUGCUACGUGCAGUACACGACGCCCGAUGCUGCGGCUGCGGCGGUUGCGGGGCUGGACCAGACCGAGGUUGCAGCGGGACGGACGCUGAAUGUGGCACUGUCGGACCCGGGGCGGCGCAAGCAGCGCACGGAUGUGCAGGAGAGUGGCAAGGAGCUGUUUGUCUCUGGGUUUGCGCGCAACAUCAGCGAGGACGAGAUGCGCACGUACUUUGAGGCGUUUGGCGAGGUGACGGGCGUGCGGCUGCUGCGGAAUAGCGAGGGCGCGCUACGCGGGAUUGGAUUUGUGGAUUUUGCCCAGGCGCUCGACGCGCAUCGUGCGAUGAAGGAGCUCAAUUCGACCAAGUGGCGCGGCAAGACGAUCUCGGUCACCAUCGCCGAGAGUCGCGGGGCGCAUGGUGCGAGCCGGGACAAGAAGGCCGAGGAGCAGGAGCGACGCGCGAAAAGUGUUCGUGUGGAAGGGUUGCCUGUGGACGCACAGGAGGCGCUGGUCCAGCAGGCGGUGGAGCGAGCCGUGGGGCUUGGGAGCGUCAAGCAGGUGCUGUGGAAGCCCGACGGGGUGAACCAGCGCGCGACGGUGGAGUUUAAGGAUGCGAAGGAUGCUGGGCGGGCGGUGCUCGUCGGCGGUGCGGGGGGUGUCAGGUAUGUUGGUGGCGAGCAGGAGGCGGUACUGAUGGUGAGUGCUGUGGAGGACGAGGGUGCGGCAGCGCAGGUGGAUAGGGUGGAGGAGGCUCAGCCGGCAGCACUGGCUUUUGUUCCGCGUGCAUCGAGAGGCGGGAGAGCCAGGGGUCGGGGCAGGGCUUUCGGCGUGGGAUUCUCGCAGUCGCGCGAGCACCAGUCGACCGCGAGCACCUCGACGCCUGCCAAGGAGGCAGAUGACAUGGAUGUCGAACCGCAUGUCGAGGCAGAUACGACCGGCUUGACAGGCCAGGACAAGUUCAGAGCCAUGCUGCAGCGUCGGUCGUAG